GUGCGAAUGAAAUAAAGAAAAAAGAUAAAGAAGAAUCUAUAAAUUUAUAUUACUAAUAUCUAUAAAUCUCUGAUCCAUAAAUUUAAAUUUCUAAUCAUUAUUAAAAUAAAAAUAAAGAAAAAACUAUGCUUCCCCGAGAUCAACGAUCAGGAAAUGAUCUAGACUACAGCCCACUCAUUUCGUUAACCCUGGGGCUCGCAGAAACCACUAUCUUCCUUCCGCUCGAUUUAGAUUUCUCGUUAAUUUGCCAGUCUAAUUACCGUUGCGGUUCGACAUCCGAGGUAGGUCCAACGAUCCCCGAUUUCCGUUAAGGAGUUACAACAUACUCGUUGCGUUUAUCAUUGAGUGGGGAUCGAUCUUAUAUAGGAGAGAAUUUCUUCUCUCUUCAGCAAAAGUCUCGAUCACCUGUUUCUUCGUUUGUCGACCCACGACUGAGAGCCAACGGUGUCAUAAUCGAUCGCAUUUCAGUUUUGAAAGCAUUAACACAAAUUUCAAGUCAGCUAAGUGAGUAAACUAAUUGAAAAAUGAAAUUGCUUACGAUGGUCUUGGUAUCUAUGUUGUCUUUGGCCACAACGCUUGCUCAAUCCAGGUACGAGCCUUUUGCUGCGAAACCAGGUUCCUGUCCACCACCUUUGCCAGUGCAGAUUUGUAGUCAGUCUUGUUUCUCCGACUCACACUGCUUAGGAAUUGGCAAAUGUUGCCCAACCAAUUGUGGAGGUUUUGUUUGCACAAAACCUGUUACCAUGAGACAAACAGUUCCUACUGAGAAACCAGGUUCGUGUCCAGCAAAACCAAAAGGAAGAUGGGUGUGCUCACCAACCUGCACUGAUGACAAUGAUUGUAGAGGAACAAUGAAAUGUUGCAAAAAUAGAUGUGGAGCAUUGGCAUGUCAAAAACCAGAUGUUGAGGUGACUGAAUUUGCAGACGAAUCGGAAAACUUUUAUAAUAAUCCCAGGAAUCCUUACAUCAAUUCCAGAGAUCCAAAUAAUUAUCUACGUUAUUUCAAUUAGUUAAAAUAAUUGCAGAUCGCCAUAAAAUAUUAACAGGAAAAUAUGAUUCUCUUUUUAUUUAAUAUUUUGUAACUAUAUAUAUCCUUGUGCCAUAUCUUGUAAUUGUUACAAAAUUUGUGAUAAUUGUGAAUUAAAAAUCUUACUCUUAA